GUCUCGUUGUCUUUUUGCAUUCAGUGCAGCCUGGGACGAGAGCACUCCUACAGUCAUGGCAACCUCAUGUUACAUGGGCUGCAGAGAACUGACCACUAAAAAGACAACUAAAACAACAGCUUCUUAGUGGGAGGGAAAACUGAUCAGCUACAUCAACUACAUCAAGUUCCAAGGUUCUUCCGGAACUUUUUCAAGUCACUGGGAAUUACUACAGCCAGUCAAAUUAAGAAGUGGAGAAAGUCUUAGCACUGGUAGGUCAGUUGGGAACGUACAUGUGGCAGCCACACUCGCCUUACAAAAGUGGGGAGGUAGAGUGAGGGGACUAUGGACCAUAACCUGGAGUUUGGAGAACCACAUGAUGAGGUGGACUUCUUUGAGAACUACAAGCCUCCUUCCCGGGACGCUGUCACCCUGCCCAACUAUGUCAUCUACCUCUUCCUAGCGUCCGUGGUGGCUCUGAUCGCCCUGUACGCUAUCAUCAGGCACCUCAUCAAAGAGCUGAUUCAUGACCUAGCAGACUACCUGUUUGGGGCACAGCCUGAUGAGGAGGUGGUCAGCCCCUGGGAGUGUCGGGACAAGUUCCAGGUGGACUGGUGUCCAGAGACCAAUCCUGAGCUGGAAGCUAUGGUCAAGGCAGAGGAGAUCCAGUGCUUGAUGGAGGGUAACAAGAACAUGCCUGCCAUCUGGGUCAUUUCAGAUGGACGUGAGCCACGGCCCCCACGCACCGGCCCCAGGGUCGCAUUUGGCAGAAUGAACUAGCUAUAAUAGGGAAGACGGAUUCAUUCUACUAGAGAGAUGCCGGGGUAUACAAUAAAACGUGACCAAUGCACAGCAAAGUGUAAGCCAAGAAAUCAUGUACUUAAUGCAUUACACAAUCAUCUCCACAAGAUGGCAGCAUGCCAUUGGCUUCCUUAGAGGCCAGUCCUUGCUGGCCUCUAAGGAAAUUUGCCCAUUCCUCAUGACCAUAUGAAAAAUAAUAUAAACUAUAAGCUAUGUUUUAGAACACAUAUCCAUAAAAAAAGAAUGUAUUUCUCUUAUGAAAACGUUUUCUGCUUAUUAUACGCAAUUAUUUUAUAUUUAUUUUACACAUUUACACUCCACCCAAGUUAGUGGCAUGAUCUUCUCUGAACAGAGGUUUCAUAAACAAAUGCUUUAGUUUGGAGUGGACACACCUUUCAGGCAAUAAAAGCUGUUGAUGCAAUUGA